AUGGUCAAAGAGCCUAUUUCUACUGAACCUGAUAUUACACCUGCUAUAGUUAUUCACAGAAGAGGCGGUCAUGGAAGAGGGAAGGACACCGGUUGUGAAAAUGAAGGAGUUAUAGAAGCUUCUAAUAAAAUCGUAAAGAAAGCAAGUUUCUACUUUGCCAAUUUUAAUGACUUUGACAACUUCAACACAAUCACUAUUUCACCUGA